AUGCCUCCUUCCAAGCAAAAGCCCGAGCCGCCUUUCCAAAAGGACGAGCGCGUGCUCUGCUUCCACAUGGACAUGCUCUACGAGGCCAAGAUCCUCGACAUCAUGCCAGCAGAGAACGGCGAAGGCUGGCAGUACAAGAUCCACUACAAGGGCUGGAAGAGCAGCUGGGACGACUGGGUGCCACAGGAUCGUGUACGGAAGUUUACUGACGAAAACAAGGAGCUCGCCGCCCAGCUCGUCGCCCAGUACAAGGCCCUGCAGCAGGGCAAGAACUCGAAGCAGCCCAAGAAGGGCGGCGCUAAGGGUGCGGCCGCUGCCGCGUCUGAUGGCAAUUCCGGUCGCGGUAGCGAGGAGCGCGGUGCUGGAGGGACUACAUCAAGUGGCCGUGGCCCAAGGCGCGCGAGAGAUUAUGAUUUGGAGCAGGUAGGUUGA